UGCUAAUAUUAUUGAAAACAAAAAAGUCGUUUGCAUAUGAUUACUUACGUUUUGAUGCAAAUGUUAACAAUAUCAAAAUCAACUUUUAAAUCUUUCAAAUCAGGCAAUUUAAAUAGGAAAUUAAAAAAAAUAUUGUUUUAUCAAUGUCGCUCUACAGAAGAGACAUUAAAAAUAAGCCAAGGUGGAAAGAUGUGUACGAAAGAGCUCCUGAGGUUCCGUACAUUUCUAAAGGACCCAUGACUUUGAAGGUUUCCAUGAAUAUGUUCUGUGAGAAUAGAAGACGGCUUGUACAGGAACUGCGGAAAGCGACACCACACGCUCUGGUUCUGGUUCAAGCGGCUAGUCCUCAAACCUGCCUUGGUAGGAGUUCUUAUGUUCAGGAUUCUAUUUUUUUCUGGACAUUUGGCUAUAAUAGAUCUCGAGCGAUGGGAGCCAUUGACUUGGUCAGUAGCAAGUCAUAUUUAAUAGUUUCACGGGAAAGCACUGAUGGUUCGGAAUGCUGCGAGAAGCGGUUUAGCAGAAAAAAGAUAAAAAGACAAUAUUUUGUGGACAAUGUUUGGUAUUUAGAUGAACUAGAUUGCAUGUUAGAUUUAAUGAAGAACUAUAACGACUGCCGAGAAAUACUAAUAUUGAACUAUCAGAAGCAGGAGCUGCCAGCGAAUAUUUUUAAUUAUGAAGUCGAUUAUCUUUUACUUGAGCCUGUCAUACGGGAGCUUAUGGCAAAAAAAACGAAAAGUGAGUUAAAAAUUUUACGUUACAUUGCAAAAUAUUUAGAGAGUGCCCUUAUGCACAUCAUGCAAAGGUUUAGGCCUGGUAUGACUGACAACCAGUUGGAGGCUUGGUUCUCUUUUUUUAUGACCUACAAGAGUGACUUUGAUCAGCUGACGUUCUGCAUAUUCUCAGGUGGCAAUCAUCUAGAUCAUCAUAAUUGCGGAAGACGGUUACCUGUCUCUAAACGACAGAAAGUAUUUAAAGAAGGGGAAUUAUGCAUUAUUGAUGUGGGAGCAUCCUAUUUCGGAUUAAAGUUGUCUUUGGGGAUCGUCUUACCUGUGAGUGAACGCUUCAACAGUUUACAGAAAAAUGCUUACGAGACAGUGCUACAAAUGAGAAUCAGUGUCUGCCGGGUAUUGCAACCCGGUACGCCAUUCCAAGAAGUGCAAAAAAGAGCCGAAAAAUCUCUAAUUUACAUUUUAAUUGAAUCAAAACUGCUCUAUGGCACAGUUGAAGGAGCUUAUGAACACGGUAUGGGAAAAUUUUUGAUUCCAUAUAAUGUGGUCCGGUCUAUGGACGUUCUUUGUGAAGAUCAGCAAAAGCUGGAGUUAGGGAAGACCUAUUUAGUUCAACCUGGGUGUUAUUUUACCAAGAGUUGGUUGGAUGAGGCCUAUAAGGACGAAGUUUUCAAACUAUAUCUUACGCCUGAUCUGCGUGAUUACGAAGACAUCGUGGUCAAAGUGAGCGAUCCGAUUAUUAUUACAGACGAAGGUUUUAGAUAUUUGUCGGAAAUGCCCAGAGCUUGUUGUACCAUAAAUGACAUGAGAUUGGUAGACCAGGUAAAAAGAAGCGAUUUUACUGAUACCCAGGUAAAAGAAAAUUUGACGGUUAAACCGAGUUCGUUCCGUCUCUAAUAUUAAAAUUACAUUGAUACGAGAAGAAUUAUAAAAGUCA